UUUAAUCAACGCCUCACUGGUCGAUAGCUUGACCACUGGGGACAGCUUAAAGGGGACAGCUAAAAGGGGACUGCUGUUACGCGCCUUGGGUGUGUCAAUGGACGUCACGGAAGCCCUCUAUCCGGUGGCUGCACUGUGGGAACUGUAUAAAUCCGCGCCACUAUCCAAAACGAUGGGAAAAAGUUGCACUGGAGUUCAAGCGUGGUGUUCUGUUGCGUGAUCUCCCGCAGCUAUCCUCAGGAAACCAACCAUCUGCGUUCACUGGCCAUCAGCGCUGAGCGCCACAGCCAAGAGCGCUGCGCUUUGUGUGUGUGUGUGUAGUCUAACCCUGGAGGGGAGAAAACAACAGCAGGAAUAAAACUUGUGUCACACUUUAUCUUUGAAACGCGCUCAUUGCACCGGAGUCCGCAAACAUCAUGAAAACUAUUCUCAUCUGCCUGCUUUGUGGAUUGUAUGGUGUUCUUGCGAAAGAUAAAGAGCCAAAGGGGAAGUACAGCGUGCCUAUACUGGAUGUGAAAACCAGGCAGCUGGUCCUGGAUGCCAACCAGACACUACUGCUCAACUGCAGGGGUCGCUGGGAGCUGACGUGGGCGUUCCCAGCAGGCUUGGACAGAGAUCAGGUGCAAAUGCAGGAAUCUCGCUGUGGGAGGACAAACCAGCAUUACUGCAGCCAUGUGACAAUCAGACGUGCACAGACCCUGCACACUGGCCAGUUCCGCUGCCGUUACCGACACCGAAUCCGAAAACAGGCCUCUGUUUAUGUAUAUAUCACAGACAGCCAGCAGCCAUUUGUGGAACAUCCGGCUAUGAGCCCAGAUGUGUUGUACAUGAAGGAGAAGCAGCCACUGGUCAUCCCCUGCAGGGUCACCCACCCUAACAUCACCACCACGCUGGUCAAGUUCCCCAACCACAGCCUGAGUCCAGAUCAGAGGAACAUUAUUUGGAGCAGCAAGCAAGGCUUCACCAUCCGAACUCCCACCUUCUAUUACAUUGGCCUCUUCUACUGCCAGACCACCACUGACGGCGUAACACACAAGUCACGUAUAUACUUUGUCCACAGACCAGUGAGUAACAUCAUGGAGGUGUAUCUGAACAGCAGUCGUCCUGUGCAGGCCCUGAAGGGAGAGAGACUGGUCUUGAACUGCACUGCUAAAGGGGAGUUGAACACCAGAGUCAACAUCACCUGGGACUACCCUGGAAAGAAUAACAACACCGGCUCCACCACCAAAAGGCUCCUGAAACACAGAACGCACAUGUUAUUCUACAGUAUUCUGACCAUCCCGAAGCUCCAGCGUGCAGACCGAGGCCUCUACACAUGCCGAGUCACCAGCGGUGAAAAAACCAAACAACAGAAAGUUAAUGUUACUGUGUAUGACCGCCCAUUUAUCCGUUUGAAGCCAAGACAUGGAUCUGUGAUGGAAGUUCAAGCAGGACAGAAAUCUUAUCGAAUCACUCCCAAACUCAGAGCAUUCCCCGUUCCUGAAGUCAUCUGGUUGAAAGACGGCCAAGUGGCAGCAGAGCAAUGCUCGAGAUACCACAUGGACGAGAAUUCGCUGGUGAUCCGGGAUGUGGCAGAGGAGGAUGCUGGGAAGUACACCGUCCUGGUACGAAUCCAGGAACAUGGACUCUACCAGAAUCUCACGCUCACACUCAUGGUCAACGUGAGUCCUCAGAUAGGGGAGAAAGCUGUGUCGUUGCAGGACCCGGGCUCUGUGCCACAGGGGAGCAGACAAGCUCUGCACUGCACAUCCCAUGGUGUCCCUCCUCCGCACAUCCAGUGGCUCUGGCACGCCUGCCCAUCCAAAGGCCUGUGUGUGUGUCCGACGUCCUCCUCCCUAUGGAGCCCUGUGACAGAGAGAAUCCCCGCCACGUCCACACACAACCACAUCCUGAGUGUUACGCACAGACAGGAAGUGCUUCAGGGGAAGAAAAAGACGGUGGGGGUCCUGACUGUGGCAGAGGCCUUUGUGUCUGGAGUGUAUCGUUGUGUUGCCUCCAACUCUGCAGGCACAGACCAGCUAGACAUCCACUUCUACAUCACAGACGUCCCAGGAGGCUUCAGUGUAAGCAAGAGGGAGGAACCUAGAGAGGGCGGAGACCUCCAUCUCACCUGUAUAGCCAAUAAGUACCUGUUCACAGCGUUGUCAUGGCAACGAGUGAACGACACAGAGGGUGCCCGAUCCCGGAGUCCUGCCCUGAGUAGUGAGGUCACAUCAGGGGAGUUCUCCCACUCCCUGCUCCUGUUGCUAAGCAACCUCACAGCCAGAGACUCUGGGACCUACAGAUGCUCCGCCCACCACCUCGUCACAGGACAGGUGACACACCUGGACGCACAGGUGGUGGUCACAAUUCUGGAGCCUCCAGUGCUGCUUGAUAAUUUAACAGAUUGUACUGUCAACGUGAGCAGUUCGGUGACCCUCAGCUGUCCCUCUGAGGGCAUCCCACCCCCGACCAUCACAUGGUACAAGAAUGAACGUGCUCUGUCACAGGGAUCAGGCAUCGUCAUAUCACCAGAAGAGGGAACCCUCCAUAUUGACCGGAUCACAGUGGAGGACCAGGGUUUGUACACAUGCCAGGCCACCAAUGACAGGGGGUCUGCAGAAAGCUCUGCCUAUAUAUGGGUCAACAGUGCCUCAGAAGCCUCAUUUCUGGAAAUUCCCACUCUCACCUGUACCUGUGUGGUGGCCACUUUCCUCUGGCUUUUGCUCACACUCUUCAUACGCAAACUGAGACAGCCCAACAGCUCAAACACCAAACCAGAGUACUUGUCAAUCAUACUGGACACAGGAGAGGGGCCAAUAGAGGAGCAGUGUGAGAGACUGCAAUAUGACCCCAACCAAUGGGAGUUCCCCAGAGAGCGGCUCAAAUUAGGGAAACCUCUGGGCCGUGGAGCCUUUGGUAAGGUGAUGCAGGCGUCAGCGUUUGGUAUAGAAAACGCCACAAGCUGCAGGACUGUGGCUGUUAAGAUGCUCAAAGAGGGAGCAACAGUCAGCGAGCACAAAGCUCUGAUGACUGAGCUGAAGAUUCUCAAUCACAUAGGCCACCAUCUGAAUGUAGUCAACCUCCUGGGAGCCUGCACCAAGCCAGGAGGACCACUCAUGGUUAUUGUUGAGUACUGUCGCUAUGGGAAUCUCUCUGCCUUCCUGAAGAGCAAGAGGGAGGUGUUUGUGCACAACAGGUUGGAUGAAAGAAAGGAUGGAGAGCCAGGGUGUGUUGGCAGCGUUGGAUCUGAGUUUGAUGAGAGCGACAACAAAGAGAAUGAUCUAGAUCACAAAUCUGCCUCCAAUUCUCCUUUAUAUCUGAAAGAUCUCAUCUCCUUCAGCUUCCAAGUGGCAAGAGGAAUGGAGUUUCUGGCCUCUCGCAAGUGUAUUCACAGAGAUCUGGCAGCCAGAAAUAUAUUGCUGUCUGAUAAUAAAGUUGUGAAGAUCUGUGACUUCGGUCUGGCCAGAGACAUCUACAAAGACCCCGACUAUGUCCGCAAGGGAGAUGCCCGCCUCCCUCUGAAGUGGAUGUCUCCAGAGUCCAUCUUUGACAAAGUGUUUACUACCCAGAGUGACGUGUGGUCCUUUGGCAUUCUGCUGUGGGAGAUCUUUUCUUUGGGAGCUUCCCCAUAUCCUGGUCUUCACAUAGAUGAGGAGUUCUGCCACAGGCUGAAGGGGGGAACAAGGAUGCGAGCGCCAGAGUACAGCACACCUGAGAUUUACAGCACAAUGCUGGCCUGCUGGGAGGCCAGUCCCUCAGACCGACCCACCUUCACUAACCUAGUGGAGACACUGGGAGACCUGCUACAAGCGAGGGUGCAGCAGGACGGGAAGGAUUAUAUUCCUCUGGGAUCUUUCAUGACUGGAGACACAAAUCACAGCAAGACCUUUAAAGAAAACCCCCUUGCUGUCACAAACCUGAGCUACAUGAGGGGUAUGGCCACACUUCAGACUUUUGAGGAGUUGCCCUCCAAGGAGCGGGACACCCCUGAGGAUGAGCAGAGCGACAGUGGCAUGGUCCUACCAUCGGAGGAGCUGAAGCAGCUUACAUGGAAUAACGGCACCAUGAACAGAAAACUCGGCAGGCUCUUCACCUUCAGUAAAUGCCGGGACAACCAGGUGCCUUUCCUGCGCAAUGAUAUCACAGGUCUCCGUGACGAUGAGCCGUCCAUCCUGCCGUGUGACUGGGAGUCCGAUGAAGGGAACUCGCCUCCUCCUGACUACAACUCUGCCUUUCUCUACCCGUCCCUCUAGCAUCUGCUCUUGUCUACUUCUCUGACAACUUUAUACAAGAUUUAAAAUUUGUAUUAUCGUGUUCCGUAUUUUAAUUCACUCGUACAUUAUUCUGCUUUUCCACUUUGCUGUUUGCAUCCUCUACCUCAUUAUAGUAUGCCCUCCCUCCCUUAAGUCUAAACCUCCCAAAUACUUUUCCCAUUUUCCUCCUUUAACCAACACUUAUAAUUGUCUUGAUUGGACACAAAACAUCUCUUCCCCUUUCUUCUGUUUCCAGAAACCAUAUGCUGUCGUACAACAAAGCCUCCUCAUUAUUAUCAAGUAUUAUCUUCCCAAACACAACCCUUUCCAAGAGCAGCUAAGUAUUACCUGACAGUACUUAUCCUGUGCAGUUAUGUGGAAUGUAUUUACUGACCUACAACUAUUAUUAGAGCUUAUUGUAUUGGUACCUCAUGCGCUGAGCUUUGUGAAGAGGAACACUGCUGUAUGAAAUUAUUGUUCCUGUUACACAGCCGCUAUAUAUGCUGGAAGACGUUAUUAUUCAUUGAUUUAUAUCAUGUGUUAGACAGGAUGUACCUGUCGAUAUUUAUUUCAAUGCUGUAACCAUUUCACAAAUAAUUUACUUAUUAAUCAUCUCUGAAAUUUGAUGUCUGGGUCUGACUUCUUCUGAAAGUAAAUUAUAUUUGAUUUUACGUCAAGCAUCCUUUGACAUAGAGGCCUGUCAUUCGGACUCAACAAAAAUGAACUCUCAUGCUGUUUUUAAGUAUGUUUCUAAUUUACAGACAAUAUUGAAGGCAUGAUGGUUAGUUCAGUUAAGUGUUUUUCCCCUUUGAUGUAUUUCUUUUCCCCAAAACAUUAGUCAAUUCACAGAAAAUUGGCAAAUAUUUUGAUGCUCAAUUAAUCAUUUUUUCCAAAAUACUAAACAAUCUCUGGUUCCAGCUUGCUGCCUUUCAUAUGACAGUAAUUGAAGAUUUCUUGAUUUUGGACUCUUAGUCAGACAAAACAAGCUAUUUGAAGUAUCAACUUAGUCUACCAGGCAUUUUUCAAAACUUUUUUGACAUUUUAUAGAUCAAACAACUACUCAAAAUACUCUACGCAAAAAAUAUAUUUAACACAGAUGCAUUAGCUAAAAAUAUGAGCACUCAGCCAAUCUUUUAAUACCUGCACCCUGAGGCAGACCCCAUUUUAACCUGUGACAAAAGCUUCCUAGUAAAAAGCAAGUUCGUUGGUACAGUGUUGACCCUGGUGAAGAAAUUCUAAGAAAAUUAAUGGAAUCAUGUUUUCUAAGAACUUCCUCUUCCAGUUAAGACGAGAUCUGAUAAAGAUAAAAGUUAUUCACAAAGCAUCUUAGCCCUUAAGAGAGCUCCUAAGGUGAAAAGCUGUUAGGAGUAGGGAGGAGGACUUUUAAGAGGCUUAAGAGUUUCUUAAGCAGAGGAGAAAAUGGCGGAAAGACAAAGAGGCAGGAGAAAUAUUCUCCAAACGCUGAAUGACAGUGAGUUAAUGAAACACUACAGAUUAGAUUGUGCAGGGAUAAUAUUUGUGGUCGAUCACACAAUAACUCAAUAAUGCUAUAAUGCCAGUAAUGAAAGUGAUGACAACGCCUUAGAUAUUUGUCAGCUAGAAACAAAAACAUUUACAUCCUAAGCAACGCUGCUACUUAUAGACUUGCCACCACAGAAGCUGUCUCAUUUUUCCACAGUAAAUAUCAAAUAAAUUAUGUACUAAAAUUACCACUGUGGUAAAUGAACUUAAAAUAAAUAUAACACCUAUCAGCAUGUAAAUAGAUUACUGCACAAGUAGGCAUGUGUUUGCAGACAUUUGUAGGCUACUUUUAAAAUGCAGCUAACAAUUUAUUCAGCACAGAUGUUCAUUACAUAAAAAUAGUAUUUAUAAUUUCACCAUCUUAAUAGAGACUAAAUUCUGAUUAGGCCAGUUUCACUGCCCACUAAAUGCCCAUUAAAGUGCAUUUUUAUUUUAUUUUAUUGAUAAACCAAUCACACCUUUUAAAAGAAUGAGUCAUACCUUGCAACAGGGUCAACCAAACCUCCUCAAUAAGGGUAAAGUUUCUUUCCUAAAUCAAUCCUAAACUGGGACUCCUUGCUAGAAGUGUUUUAGGCUAAGUUAGGAGCUCUCUGAGACUAUUCUCAAAAUGUAAACAUGCAAUCUGUAUCUGGAUGACAUCUGAUCAUGGGCCUCUGUGUUUUGCUUUUUCCAGAUUUCUAGUUACCAAUCAAACGACCAGGCUUAAAUGGGGUCCGAGUGUCAUUAGUAGACACGAAUAGACGAAUGAUAGACUAAUGAUACUGUCAUUUUAGUUUAUAGCAAGAACUACAAUGCCAAUAAAACUUCCACAUUUUAUAUUGUCAGCGCAAACUUCAGGGAUUGUGCAUAGAGUGCUAUUUGCUUGUAUUUUUUGUUUUGAAGAUUAAUCA